AUGGAACCAGUCCAAGAAGGGGAGGAUACACAAUUUGCUGAGGUGUGCUACAUGAGCAAUGGGCAAGGAGGUUACAACAAAGGAUACUAUAAUUACAAGUCCAACCCAGCCAUGUCAUACCGCAACACUGAUGUUGCUAACCCUCAGGACCAGGUCUAUCCUCAACAACAGCAAGCUCGAUCGAGUCAAGCCCCACAACAUGGCAUGCUGAAACAACUACUUCAAGGGCAAGCUGAUGGUGUAGUGGACACAAGCAAGAAGCUAGCUGAAAUCAACUCCAAGAUUGAGAAUCUCAACACAAGAGUUUACUCUCUAGAGAAUCAUGCUUCUUCUGUUGCUGCUGCUACAAAGCAAGGACAACUACCUGAGAUUGUUGCUGCUGAGGCUCCUGGAGUCCAGAUUGAUCAACCAGAAGUGCAACCUACUGUGGCCUUCACACUUCACCAGUUGAGCUCGCAUCGACGAGGAUCAAGAAGAGUCAUUGAAGAGUUUUGUUUACUGCUGAAUGAUGAAGAGAUUGUUGCUGCUGAGGCUCCUGGAGUCCAGAUUGAUCAACCAGAAGUGCACCUACUGUGGCCAUUCACACUUCACCAGUUGAGCUCGCACAACAAGCUCGAUCGGCAGCUCGAUCGAGUCGAACUCUAG